AUGACUAAAGGUGACUUCUGUAACAAAGGGGUAACCACCAAGGUACCCAGACUGGAAUGCAGAUCAUGUGGCAAGGUGGUUCAUGCUAGUAAAGCUUGCUUUGGUCUCAACGCGAAGCAACUAUCUGCUUAUUGUAAUACGGACAGACUUGAUUGGACAUGCGAAGAGUGUCAUCAGAAUACACUUAACAGAAAAUCAUCCUUCAUUAUUCCGGAAGAAGACAAUGACGACGAUGUUGCCGUUAAGGAAAAUCACAGAAUAAAUUAA